AUGAUAUUUCCAAAAAAGAUCGAGUAGGUUAUCUUUUCAAAUCAUAUCAAAGUGCGUUGAUAGACGAAGUUAUUGAUAAAGAAAGUUACAAACUAAGUGUUGAUUUCGUGAAAGGACAGCAACUGUCUUCAAGGGCUAAAAAUCUUCGAGCCGCUUUUAAAAAAGUAUUUGAUGAUCGGAGAAAGUCUUUUAAUUUAGAUGAUGAACCUCGUAUAACAUAUCCAGAAAGGUUUGCUCAGGAAAUUGCUAAACUAAUAAAAAGUCAACCUAAUAAGGUCAUUAAAAUUGAGCAAAGACAGCAUGAUAUAAAGAAUAAUUUUCAAAAGUUAGCUGGUUAUGUAUUAAUAAAAAAAGAUAACAAGAUCAAGUUCAGCACAGCAUUUUUAAAUGAUCAUGAAUUGCCAGGUGAUUUAAAUCGUUUUAGAGAAGAGUUAAGAGAGUUUUCGGAGCUUAACCUUGAUCAAUGCGAGUUUGAAACUUAUAAAGACUUCAAAACUUGUGAGGAAAUAUAUGUAGAUAAGGAUAAUUUUUGGGAAAAAAUAAAGGAAAAAGAAUUGACGUUGUUUAAGGAUUUUGGAAAGCGAGAUAUCAAUCUCCAAUCUACAAAAUUUAACUUGCCAAACGAUAGUAUCGAAGAAAUAGAAGAAAAUAUAAAAGAUUUUUUAAAAAAAUUAAGGUUUGCAGUCAAUCAGCCAAAUGAAGAUAAGCUUGGUGAAAUUAUUAAAGACGAGUUGGCUAAAGAAUUUAACAAAAUUGAUAUAGAAAAUGUUUAUGGUAGGUUCUUGAAGAAAAUGCUGGAUUGGAUGAAAGCCAAAAAAGGAACAUUUUUCUCACACGAGGAAGCAAAGACUUUUUUUGAAGGAAUAAGGAAAGAUAUUUUAGGGACAAUUUGGUUUAAUAUGAAAGAUCCAGUAACGUUAUUCACUGGAAGAAAAGGAAAGUUAAGUGAUUUACAUAAAGCAUUGCAGCGAAACCAAGGUAAAAAUAAGGGUACAGUAAUAUCACAGAUGACCUGUAUUAGUGGUUUGGGAGGAAUAGGUAAAAGUGAAUUGGCUAGAAAGUAUGCUUAUGAUCAUUGUAAUGAUUAUGAUGGCAAUGUUAUAUGGAUAAAUGCUGAAAAUAAUGAUACUCUUAAAGACUCUUUUCUUAAUCUAGCUAGAGAUGAUAAAGUAUGUAUUCCUAUAAUGGAUAAAGAUAGAAAAGAAAAGGAAAUAGAAACUAUUGUUAAAGAGAUAUAUGGUUUUUUUGCAAAGAGGAAAAGUUUAUUUAUUUUUGAUAAUGCUGAAAAAAAUGAUGACUUGAAUACAUUUUUACCACAUCGUGAUUUACCUCCUAAUGCUAACAAGCCUUACCUUUUAAUUACUUCUCGUAAUAGAGAGUGGGGAAAAGGAAUAGAAUUGAUAGACCUAAAAGAAUUAGAGUUAGAAGAAGCAAUAGAAUUUGUGAAAACAGGGCUAGGUAUAUCUAAAGAAGAUGAGUCGCAAGACCAAGAGAUAAAAAAUUUAGUAGAAAAACUACAGUGUUUUCCUUUAUUUAUACAACAAGCAAUAGCAUAUAUUGAAGACCAGAGAGUAACAGGAGAAUUUGGAAUUAAUGAUUAUUUGAAAGAAUAUGAAAAAAAGACAAAAGAUUUACUUGACUCGAACGUAUUUAGAGGAAUCGAUAAUCACUACGCCACAACAACUUUUAAAACUUGGAAAAUUACAAUUGAUAAAAUAGCUAGUAAUGAACAACAUGGAGAAUUAGCUUUAAAGAUUUUGGAUACUAUUUCUUACUUUGCACCUGAAAACAUUAGUAGAGAAACAUUUUUAAGUUUAGCAGAAAGUGAAGAAAAGUUAAGGUUAGCUUCUAGGUUACUUGUGAAUUAUUCUAUGGUAAAUGGUGGGCAACAGCAAAGUGUAUUAAGUAUUCAUAGAUUAGUGCAAGAAGUAAUAAGAAUAAAUUUAAAGGGUGUGGAUAGAGACCAAGAGGUUUUAAGAGAAGCACUAGGACUGUGGAAGGAUAAUAUUAAAGAAUUUGAUGUAGACCAUCCUAUGUCUGUUUGGGGUUAUGCAAGUAGUAACCAUGAAUUAGUGAAUGAAUUUAGCAAACUGCCGCGUAAGAUUGUCCACAAAUUAUUUGACGAUCGAAAAUAUGAUAAAGCUUUCAAAUUUGUGCAAGAGGCGUUGGAAUCGUUAAAAAUAUUAGGAGACGAGCACUUGCAAGUUGCUAUAAUGAAUCGAUAUUUAGCUAAUGCUCAUGGCGAUAGAGGUGAAUAUGAUGAAAAAAGGAAGAUUCUUGAAAACGAGGUUUUACCUAUUCUUAGGAAAUGUCACUCCGAUAAACCUGUUGAAAUUGCUAGGACACUGAGAAACUUGGGUGUCGUUUAUGGAAAUUUACAAGAUUAUGAGAAACAAAAGAAUUAUCUGAAGGAGGCUUGCAAGCUUUUUGAGGAAAAUCUUGCGUAUGACGAUAUUGAACUUGCUAAAGCAAAAAGAAACUUGGCUAAUGCUUAUGGCGAUUUUGGUAGAUAUGAGGAAAAAAGGGCGAUUCUUGAAGACGAGAUUUUACCUAUUCUUGAGGAACAUCACUCCGAUAAACCUGUUGAAAUUGCUAGGACACUGAGAAACUUGGGUGUCGUUUAUGGAAAUUUACAAGAUUAUGAGAAACAAAAGAAUUAUCUGAAGGAGGCUUGCAAGCUUUUUGAGGAAAAUCUUGCGUACGACGAUAUUGAACUUGCUAAAGCAAAAAGAAACUUGGCCAAUGCUUAUGGCGGUUUAGGUGAUUAUGAGAAAAAAAGGGCGAUUCUUGAAGAAGAAGUUCUUCCUAUUUUUGAGAAAUUUUAUGGCGAUGAUCACGUUGAAGUUGCUGAAGCAAAGGAAGAAGUUCUUCCUUUUCUUAAGAAAAAGUCUGAAUUUGAUAAUUCGAAGUUGAUAUCGAAGUUGAAAUCGAAGUCGCAAAAAAAUCUUAGUAAAGCCUAUGAAAAAUUAGGAUAUCCUCUUCAUGCAGCUGUUAUUUGUGGUAAUAAGGAUAAAGUAGAAGAAGAACUUAAGAAACAUGAUGUUAAUCGUUAAACAGAUGAUUUGGUCACACCAUUACACCUAGCUGUUCGAGAUGGUCAUUUAGAUAUUGUAAAACUACUACUAGAGAAACAAGCAGAUCCUGAUAUUGAAGAUAAAAAUGGAGAAACUCCUUCAGGGCUAGCUAACAAGCAGUUGAAUCAAAAUACACAAAUUUAUCAAGUAAUUAUAGAUAUUUUUAAGUCAAAAUCUAUUAAUCAAUAACAAGAGAAUCCUCCUGUAAAUCGAGGAAGUAAAGUUUUAUCCGAAUGUAAUAAAUAGGAA